GCACAGUAUCAUUUCCCUAUCUAUCUUUCAAACAUGUGGAUGGAUAGAAGUGAAAGUGGAACAAGCUAAGUUUCUUUGUUUAACUCAACAAUGGCUUCUAUCUCAUGCAUCACCCACCAACCCAUCACUUCUAAGUUUAAUGCAUUGCCUUCACCAGUUUCUUCCUCAAACUUGUCUUCUCGGUUUCUGGGUGUCAGAAAAAGAGUUGGGUGGCUUAGACUCACAUCUCAAAUUGGACCCUCCAAUGGCUCCAAAGCCACAUGCUGGUUCAAAUUUGGUAAGAAUGGUAUUGAUGCUGAAGGUGCUGGCAUUUAUGGUAGUCAGACCCGUGAUGAUUUUGAUAGAGAUGAUGUUGAACAGUACUUCAACUAUAUGGGGAUGCUCGCUGUUGAGGGAACAUACGAUAAAAUGGAGGCUCUUCUAAACCAAAACAUUCACCCCGUCGAUAUCCUACUGCUAUUAGCGACCUCAGAAAGUGACAAGCCAAAAAUUGAGGAACUCUUGAGAGCUGGAGCAAAAUAUGAUGUAAGAGAUGCAGAUGGACGGACAGCACUGGAUAGGGCUAAUGAUGAAGUUAAAGAUUUCAUUCUUAAUUUUUCAGUGCAGAGAGCAUGAUUGGUUUGUUUCCAUCAUAUGCCAGUUCAGCUACAUAGUUGUUUACAUUAUAAUAACUUUUGAACUAUGUUAGUUUAUAUCUCUGGAUUGAUCAUAAGCAUGAAAUUUAUCUCAAUAAUCGG